CGCAACCUCAGCAUGUGAUAGCCAAAACACCACUAACCCGGCGGCUGUACACUGCGAAGAUCACUUGAUGCAGCAGAUUCUGGCGACAAAUUAAUAAGCGACUGGCGAGGCUGCAGUGGGGAGUUGGAGUUGAGAGCAGCUGCACGCGAUCAUGGACAUCUUCCAGGCCACGCAGAGCUACAUCACCAAGAUCGUGGCUCAAGGCGAUGUCAGCUCUCAAGGCGCCGCGAAGAUGAAGAUCCUGCUGCUGGACAGAGAUACUGUCCCCAUCGUAUCAUCCGCAACCUCCCAGUCCGCCUUAUUGAACCACUCGGUCUACCUCACGCAGCGCCUAGACGACACGAAUCGCGAGAAGAUGCGGCAUUUGAGAUGCCUCUGCUUUCUUCGACCAUCGCCGGACAGUAUACAGUUUCUCAUUGACGAGUUCAGAGAGCCAAAGUAUGGCGAAUACCACAUAUAUUUCAGCAACAUAAUCAAGAAGUCCUCGCUUGAGCGCCUCGCCGAAGCCGAUGAUCAUGAAGUCGUCAAGUCGAUCGUCGAAUACUUUGCCGAUUUCCUCGUCAUCAACCCCGACCUGUGCUCUCUGCCAUUGUCGACACGAGUCUUCUCAUCCUCACCAGAGCUAUGGAAUCAGGACAGCUUAUCAAGGACGACAGAAGGAGUUCUGGCCAUGCUGCUAGCAUUGAAAAAGAAGCCAUUGAUUCGAUUCGAGAAGAACAGUUUGCUGUGCAAGAAGCUGGCAACCGAAGUGCGCUAUGCCAUUACGCAGGAAGAGCAGCUCUUUGACUUCCGGAAGCCGGAUACUCCGCCCAUACUUCUUCUCAUCGAUAGGAGAGAAGACCCUGUCACGCCCUUGCUGACGCAGUGGACUUAUCAAGCAAUGGUGCACGAGCUUCUGGGCAUUGAGAAUGGCAGAGUCAACCUGAGCGAGGUGCCAGAUGUCAGACCAGAGUUCAAGGAAAUCGUUCUAUCGCAGGACCAGGACCCGUUCUUCGCCAAGAACAUGUACCUCAAUUUUGGUGAUCUAGGCCAGAACGCGAAAGAUUACGUCGAACAGUUCGCAUCCAAACAAGCUUCAGGGCAGAAGCUGGACAGUAUUGAAGACAUGAAACGCUUCGUUGAGGAAUAUCCUGAAUUUCGGCGCCUGUCAGGAAACGUCACCAAGCACGUCACACUGGUCGGCGAACUCAGUAGACGUGUAGGCACAGACAGUCUCCUCGAUGUGUCCGAGCUAGAGCAGAGUCUGGCUUGCAAUGACAAUCAUUCGACCGAUGUCAAGACCUUGCAGAAGCUCAUCCAAGACCCUCGAAUACCACCUAACAACAAGUUGCGACUAGUGGCGAUCUAUGCGCUCCGAUAUUCUGGUCACCCCAACAACAACACGCCGGCAUUGAUGGAUCUGCUAGCUGUCGCUGGAAACAUCUCACGCACACGCAUCAACCUUAUACCCAAACUCCUCGCCUAUGCACAUAGUUUGCAGUCAAUCCCGCAGACAGGCGGAAUUCCAGACCUCUUCCAGCCAAGCAACAUUUUCUCAGAAGCUCGAUCACGCUUCAACCGGGGCUUGCGUGGCGUCGAGAACGUCUACACUCAGCACUCGCCCAGAUUGGAGAACACGCUACAGGACCUCAUCAAGGGCCGUCUCAACAUGAACAGCUAUCCAUUUGUGGAAGGCGGUGGCCAGACAAGAGACAAGCCACAAGACAUCAUCAUCUUCAUAGUUGGAGGCACGACUUACGAGGAAGCUAAGAUGGUAGCCCAGGUUAACGCCAGCAGUCCAGGCGUCAGAGUCGUGCUCGGUGGCACAGGCGUCCACAACAGCAACUCGUUCUUAGAUGAAGUUGAGGAAGCAGUUGAUUCAUGGCCGGAGCCAAAGGGCGACACAGCUGCUGCAAGACUGAGGAGAGAGGUUGGCAGGUCGUGAGCUGGACGUUGCAAAUCAACACGUACAAUACAUGAAGCAGAAUCGUGCAGACAUGACAUGCGGAAGUGGUCGCUCCUGG